AUGAUUUCGUUGGAUAGAUCGUUGCCGGAUUUUAGACAUGAUGGAUGUCGCAAUCGAACGUAUUACGCCUCCUUGCCAUCAGUAAGUGUCAUAAUUGUCUUUCACGACGAAUACUUGAGUGUCGUUCUUCGUACCGUUCAUUCCAUCAUCAAUCGUUCGCCAGAUUCUCUGCUCAAGGAAAUUAUUCUCGUUGAUGAUUUUUCCACGAACAAAAAUAUCAAACAGCCUCUUGACGAUCACAUCAAAUACAAUUUUCCGCACAAAGUUCGCGUUCUUCGACUCGAAAAACGUUCGGGACUGAUGCAAGCUCGCAUGGCAGGAAUUCGAAACGCUACCGGAGAAGUUGUUGUCGUCAUGGAUGCACACAUCGAAGUCACUACAAAUUGGCUUCCGCCAUUAAUUGAACCAAUUUCGGAGGAUUACAAGACCGUAACACUCGCAAUUGUGGAUUACAUUGACGCCGAAACGUUCGAAUAUCGAAGCAGUGGUCCGAAUGGGUAUCGCGGCGUUUUAAAUUGGGACAUGGCGUAUAUUUUGUUGCCUCGCACGUGGAAUGAACAAAGGAAAGUUUUCGAUAAUUAUCCGAAUCCGGUGAUGUUGGGAGCGUUUUUUGCCAUGAAUCGACAGUAUUUUUGGGAGCUCGGCGGGUAUGAUGAUCAACUCGAGAUUUGGGGAGCGGAACAGUUUGAAUUGAGUUUUAAAGUUUGGAUGUGCGGCGGAAGGAUGUUGACAGUGCCUUGUACGAGGAUAGGACAUAAUUUUAAAGGAAAAGGCCCGCAUCCGUUUAUGACGACUUCCAAUGGGAAAACUUAUAUUUGGCGAAAUAUGAAGAGAGUUGCCGAAGUUUGGCUUGACGAUUACAAAGAAGCGCUUUAUGAGAAAUUGCCUGACGUGAAAAAGAUGGAUGAAGGAGAUUUAACGCAACAGAAAUGGUUGAGGGAGAGACUAAAGUGUAAAUCGUUUAAAUGGUAUUUGGAAAAUAUUGCUCCAGAUAUUUUGAAGACUUUUCCUGUGAAGAUGCCAACGGAUUUUGCCUUUGGAGCGAUCGAAAGCAUCGCUGUCAACGGAUGGUGCGUCGACGUCUUAAACGGCGGUUUAACAACACGAAUCGGCUUAUUUUCAUGCGCCACAGAUCGCAUCAACCCUCAUCAAAACCAAAACUUCGCUCUAUCCUACUUCCGAGACAUCCGCGUGAAAAACGACUAUCGUUGUUGGGAUGCCAACAUCUACGAUACUGAAAUCGUGAACGACAGAAUCCCAAUCAAACUGAAUUUGUGUCACACUAUGCAAGGAAAUCAAUUUUUCCGUUACGAUAUGAUCAACAAUAAAAUUUACGCCGAUAACGAAGGCAACAGAUGUCUCGAUUUGGAUUUCACGGAUGUAAUUGGACCGCCAGAGCUUUUCGUAACAACCUGUAAUGACACAUCGCUCACUCAGAAGUUCAGUUGGGGCUUCGUCAAUGAAACAGUUUUGAUGCAAUGGGAUUCUUACGGACAAGAAUUGAAUUACAUCGACUCCUAAUUAGUAUUUUCGAAUAUUUUAACUCAAAUCUAGUCAAUUUUUUAUUUAAUUUUUGUACUUUUUAAUAAAAUUUCUUGAUAUUUUUUAA